AUGUCUACAGGCCCCUUCACUUUCAACUAUGUAAAUUCCACUUUGGAGAAACCAAUACUCGAGAAAAACCCCCACAGUUGGACAAAGGUGGCCAACAUAAUAUUCCUCGAUCAACCUGCUGGGACCGGAUUUUCCUAUGCAAAAACUCGUGACGCUUACAUAACAAAUGAUACGUUAUCAUCAAUGCAUGCAUACCAUUUUCUGAGGAAGUGGCUUGUGGAUCAUCCUAAAUUUCUCAACAAUCCAUUUUAUCUUGGAGGUGAGUCCUACAUGGGCAUAGUGGCACCAAUGAUUGUUAACGAAAUAUACAAAGGUAAUGAAGUUGGAGAAGGGCCACAGAUAAAGAUCAAGGGGUACAUGCUUGGUAAUCCUCUAACAGACACAAGUGGCGACUAUAAUUCAAGAAUCCCAUUUCUUCAUCGUACGGGACUCUUAUCAAAUGAAAUCUACAAAUCUACUAAAGAAAAUUGCCACGGAAAGUACUUGGAUGUAGAUCCCAACAACCAUCGUUGCAUAAAUGAUCUUAAAGUUGUGGAUAAGUGUAUUGGAAGAAUUAACAAGCCCCAAAUUCUAGAGCCUGCUUGUGACACUUCAAAUACCUUAAAAUCUGAUCACUUCGGGAGGGGCUUAGUAUCUCUUGACAAGGCCUCUAUGGAUAUAUGGUCGUUACCUCAAGUUCGGAUACAAGGGUGUCGCGAUGACCACUAUAUAUACAGCUAUGUAUGGGCUAACCGCAGAGACGUGCGAGAGGCUCUUCAUAUUGAUGAGGAAUUCGAUAAAAUCAAAUGGGUGCGGUGCAAUAAAAGUCUGUUUUUUGAUUUUUUUACGGAACCCAUAUCUAACACACACAAUGUCCUGAAUACUGUUGCCUAUCAUAAACACCUUGCCAAUAAAAAUUGUCGCGCUCUUGUAUUCAGUGGAGAUCAUGACAUGGUCGUUCCAUAUUUGGGAACAAUGCACUGGAUUAAAUCUCUAAAUUUUUUAGUUGUGAAUGAUUGGAGACCUUGGUUUGUCGACAAACAAGUAGUUGGAUACACCAUGAAAUAUUCAAACCAUGAAUACAACUUGACAUAUGCUACUCUAAAGGGAGGAGGUCACACAACUCCAGAGUACAAACCUAAAGAAUGUUUAAGCAUGUUGAUAAGGUGGCUCGCUAAUGAUUCCUUGAUAAAUAAGGUUAAAAGGGAGAUUUUGUGUCAAAAGGGGGAUUCGGGGAAACACAAAGCGGAAGCAAGGGUGAUAUUGAAAUUUGGGGGUGGGAUCGAGGCGGGGAAACGGGAGAAUUCAAGAUUGGGGUCAGAAUCAAGGAAACAUGCAAAUUCAGAAUGA